GGAGGUGUGGUUUUACUCGGAUCGAGGCUUGGUUACUGCACGGGACUGAGAUCGAUUCGUAGAGCAGAUUGGACCUGGACAGGGAUCUGCGUGCCUGGUAUAUAUACUACAUGUCAUGUACGCCCCUCCCCCCAGACACAGCUUUGUCUUAGCGCCGCCCAGUAGCCGGUGAGGUGUCAGUGAGUGAGGAGGUAGGUGUCAGUGAGCAUAUCACUAUGUCCAGUAAAGAAGUGAAAGCAAUAUUGAAGAAUGCCAGAGAUGCAAUUAGAAAUAAAGAUUAUAAAGAAGCACUUAAGCAGUGCAAGGCAGCACUAAAGUUGGACAAGAAUAACUACAAUGCCUGGGUUUUCAUUGGUUUAGCUGCUGCUGAGCUAGAGCAACCAGACCAAGCACAAGCUGCCUACAGGAAAGCUGCGGAACUUGAACCAGAACAGUUACUGGCCUGGCAGGGUUUGGGGAAUUUUUAUGAAAAAGCCAGCCAAAAGGAAUUUAAAGAGGAUUUGCCAAAUGUGUACCAAAAGCUUUUGGAACUUUACAGAACCUCCGACAAACCGAAGUGGUAUGACAUUUGUAAAAAACUAGUUGAUCUGUACGAGCAAGAUAGAAAAUACAUAGAGGCUGCACAAACAUGGCAACAGUUAAUAAACAUGAAGCAAGAUGAAGGAAUUGACAAGAGUGAGUUUUAUAAGUUAUGGCGAAAGAUGACCAAGCUGCUGGCAGAGGACAUAGAGCGCCAAGACAAUGAGAUCCAGCAGCAGCUCUUAAAUGCCUUUGAAAAUGCCAUUUCCUUCCUGGAAGAGGUACCAGGAGAAGAGCACCGUGCACUUUAUCAGGACUUUGUUCUCUGCUUGUCUAAGCUGCCACAUGAAGAAGCAAAGUUAAAAGAGAUAUGUAACAACAUGACGAAGGCCUACCCUACCCUCACCUAUCCUCUGGAAGUACUUGGCUUACACCUCAUUAAGUCCGGAAACAUUAGCGAAGAAGCUGUUGAGUGUUACAACAGACUUAUGGAGUUGGACGGUGACAACGGACCGGGCCUCAUUGGAAUUGGAAUCACAGCUCUGCAUGAUAAAAAGUAUGAUCUGGCAGUAGAGAAAUUAUGUAAAGGAGUACAUAAAGUGAGUUCAUGCCCCCAUGCGUGGUUCUUUCUGGCCCAGGCUCAGGAGAAAUUGCACAGAUAUGAAGAGGCUGUUCUGUCCUGUGAAAAAGUUAUCAAGGCUUUGUCUCAUGAUAACGUGUCACCCAGAGAUUCUGAACAUAAAAAUAUGGCUCUGCAGCUGAAAGCCAAAGCAAUGCUGGAGUACUGUGAUCCUGAAGAGAUCCUGAAAACUCUUGAGCAGAUUUCUAAUAAGAACAGUGACCCGGCUCUUAUUGCACUGAAAGGCAAUGUGUAUUUAAAGAAGGGUUUUUUGGAACAAGCAUCCAAGCUGUCAGAAGAGCUCAUACAGUCACUCCCUGAGAUGGCAGAGGGACAUUUUCUGAAAGGUCUUAUCCAUUACACGCAGAAGAGUUAUAAAGAGGCUGAAAAAAGUUUUCAGAGUGCCAUUGAGAGAAACCUGGAGGAUGCAAACUAUUAUUACUAUCUUGGACUCACUUACUGGUUUAUGAGUGAAGAAACCAAGAGAGACAAAACAAAGUCUGUCACACAGUUUUUAAAGGCUGCAAAACUGGACCCCUGCCAUUCCAAAGUAUUUUGCUACUUAGGUCAUUACUACAAAGAAGUAGCUGGUGACAAAGGGCGAGCUCGAGGAUGCUAUAAGAAGGCAUUUGACCUAGAUAAGAAAGAUGGAGAGUCGGGAGCAGCGGCUGUGGACCUAAGUAUGGAUCUUGCUGAUAUGGACACAGCAUUAGCUAUUUUGUCGGCUGUUACAGAAAAGGCAAGCGCAGGAACUGCAAAAUGGGCUUGGCUUAGGCGAGGUCUCUUCUAUCUGAGAGUCGGUCAGCAUUCUAAAGCCGUGUCUGACUUGCAUGCUGCACUUAGAGCUGAUCCGAAGGAUUCCAACUGCUGGGAGUGUUUGGGAGAGGCUUACCUGAGCAGAGGCGGAUACACCACUGCACUAAAAUCCUUCAUGAAAGCCAGUGAACUAAACCCAAACUCAAUAUACAGUGCGUACAAGAUAGCCUCCAUCAAGCAGAUCCUGGGGACUUUUAAAGAGGCUGCAACAGAAUAUCAGCAAAUUGUUAAGAAGUCUGGAGAAUAUGUGCCUGCACUAAAAGGUCUUGGUGAAUGCCAUUUAAUGCUUGCAAAAGGUGCACUUGCAGAUUUCCUGGAUGCUAAGGCAGUGGCUGCCAUAGAACAAGGGCUUGCAUACCUAACAAGGGCGGUUCAGCAGCGGCCAGAUCUUGUAUGUUUAUGGAAACUUAUUGGAGAUGCCUGUACUUGUCUUCAUGCAGUCUCACCAGCUAAGGUCACAAUCAAUGUCCUGGGUGCUCUUGUUGGGCAGAAUGAAGGCCAUCAAGUGAUUAGUAAAUCGGAAGCUUUAGAGCUUGGAGCAAGGUGUUAUGGGCGAGCAUUGAAGAUUCAAUCAUCUGCAAAUAUCUGGUGUGAUCUUGGCAUAAAUUAUUUUUACCAAGCUCAAAAUCUAAUGAGCUCUGACAGCCAAGGAAGUGACUCAAGUAAUUUAUUGGAAAGAUCUGUGCAGUGUAUUAAGAAAUCCCUCAUGAUGGACAGUAGCAAUCAUCAGUAUUGGAAUUCACUUGGGGUUGUUUGCUGCUCCAAAGGUGUCAAAAAUAAUGUACUUGCGCAACAUGCUUUUAUCAAGUCAAUCCAGUGUCAGCCUAAUAAUGCUGUUGCAUGGACUAAUCUGGGGGCUCUGUAUUUAAUGAAUGAAAAUAUUGAGCUAAGCCAUCAAGCUUUCAACGUUGCACAGUCUCUUGAACCCUCAUAUGUGAGAUGCUGGGUCGGACAGGCCCUGAUUGCUGAAGCAGUUGGAAGCUAUGAAACCAUGGAUCUCUUCAGACACACUACUGAGCUCAGUAUGCAUACAGAGGGUGCCAAUGGAUAUGCUCACUGGGUCUGUACAACUCUGCAAGAUAAAAGCAAUAGAAACACAGAGCUGUAUCGCUAUAGCAUAUUACAGAUGAAUGCCAUCUCUGCAGCUCACCUAGCCCUAAACAAAUAUACAGAUCGGAUUCAGACUGAUGCUUCUGCAUUUGCUAUGCUGGGAUAUUUAAAUGAACACCUGAAGCUAAAGAUUCAGGCAAAAGAAGCAUACCACAGGGCUGUUUUGAUACUUUGUGAUGAAGAAGACAAAGACCGCUAUGCCUGCGCACUUCGAAAUUAUGGACGGUCCCUCUGUGCGAUAGGUCAGUACGAUGAAGCCAUCAAGGCAUACACAUCCACAGCUCUGACCGAGUUUGAUGAUCUCACAGGACUGGCUCUUGCAUACUUUAAAAAGGGUCUUCGACAGGACAGCUUUAAAGUGUACAAGACUGCUUUGUCUGUUGCAAAGUCUGAGCAAGAGAAAGCGCAUAUCCUCACCGCCAUGGCAAUUAUUGACCACAACCAAGGCAACAGCGAUUCUGCCAAAACCCUCCUGUUUAAAUGCUCAAUGUUGAAGGAACCCAGCAGCGAAAGUCUUCAAGCUCUCUGUGCUCUAGGGUUGGCAAAGCGGGAUGUAACCUUGGCAACAGCUGCGCUUAAUGAGUUACUUAAGCAUGUUAAAAUUAAUGAUAGCGUGUAUGAGAGGUGCCUUAUUACGUCUGCCAUAUAUGCUCUGCAAGGGAGGAUGCCUGCCGUGCAGAGACAGGCCUGCAAAGCCGUCCACAGCCAUCCAGGCAAUCCAGAGCUGUGGACUCUUCUGUCAAGGCUGGUCCCCCAAUACACUCCGACUAAUGCCAAGGGUGGUGCAGUCGCAGGCAUCGUGGCCCAGACCCUAAGCCAAAGUCAAGCAAAGAAAUCUCUGCUGUACACUGCCGUGAAUGAAUUGGCAGCCGGGACUCUGGCAUGCGACAAUGAGAAGCAAAAUGCUGUGAAGUCCUUGCAAAGAGCUGCACGUUUCUUUCCAGAUAAUCCAGCAGUUUGGGCUGGAUUAAUGGCUGCCUGUCAAGCAGAGUAUACGGUUUCUUGCCUCAAUAAAGCACAAGCCAAAUGCCCAGAAUUUAAUGUGAAAUUUUUAGCAUCUGUGAAAUCCAAAACCAAAGCAAUGACGCAGCUUCCAACUAAUUAUGCAAAGUCCUUGGAGACCUGGUCCUUGUGCCAAGCCAUUUCUUCAUUGAAAGAUCAAGAUAAACUUUCAGAGGCUGAGGCUUUGUGUACUAAGGUAAAGGGAAUAAAAAGCUAUCCGGAGGAGCCACCAUUUUUUUUGCUUUUAAGACAAGUUCGGUACAAGCAGCUCAUUCAAUCCCAUGCACCCUCCUCCGAAUCUGUUCUGGAAGAACUAAAGAAAACGUUAAAAUUCAAUGCCAAUUCCCAGUCUUCAUGGCAUUGGCUGGCUGACAUGUACCAGUCUCAGGGAAUGCCGAUGGAUGCUGAGAUGUGCUACAGGAGGAGUCUUCAGUUGACAUCACAGCAAAAGAACUUCAGUGGGAAGCUCUCAAGUCUUCUGCGAUUAGCACUUCUCGCACUGAGAGUUUGUAUGGCAAAGAUUCCCGACACUCGCUGGGCGGAUCUUCUGCAAGAGGCCACUAGUCAAGCCUUGAAGAUGGCAUCAUGCCCGUUGGCCAUUCUACUCCAGGGACUUCUCCAGUUCUGCACAAAGGGGUCACGAUCCAAAGGGCAGUGUGAUUUGUUAUGCGGUGUGCGGAAAUUUGCAAGGAUCACUGGGUUUCCCCUCACCACAGGCUUAAAGGUAAUGUUAUUACAGGAUAUAUCCUGUCCUUGGGCUGAAGCUAGAAGACCUGAAAUUAAUGACAAGGUCCUUUUUAUGGAGACAUCACAUGGGGGCUUCUCGUCACACACACACACAUAUAUGGUUAGAAUUCAUGUAGAUACAUCAAUCAUGUCACAGACCGCAGCAUGGAGCUCUGAAGGGACGUGACGGCAUGUCUUCCCAUCAGAGCGCAUGCGCCAGUGAUGUUACCGGCAGGUUUUGGAGAUAUUUAUUGU